GAGGGACCUCCCAUAAGUGGUGUUAUGGCCUGAGGUGUGAGGCUUGUUCUUCCUCAUUUGAUUCCUGUCACCGUGCAGUGGAGAGCUGCUUAUCAGAGACAUUUCGUAUUCCUCAAAAGCCCGCACAAAUUUAUCAUCAUGGAUGUUGAUGUCAUGGAGCACAUCUUCCUGCUGGUCUUGGUGACCCUCCUGAGUGUUCUUCAGAAUGCAUUCUUUGCUCUGAAGGUGGAAAAGGAGUGCAAGACAUCCAACACAAAGUCAGCAGCAUUUGAGCGACUGUCAUGUGCCAAGGGGAACUGCAUGGACACAUAUGCCACGUUUCUGGCCGUCAUGUGGUGUGCUGGUAUUGGCCUCAGUCAAGUGCCCGCAGCGUUCGCAGGUGUGGUGUACCUUUGGGUCCGGCACCAGUACUUCAUUGGAUACAUGGGCCAGACGAGUCAGAGCACCCCUGGCUUCCUGUUUGGGAAACGCGUGCUGCUCUUCCUCUUCCUGAUGUGCUUCGUGGGCAUCAUGAACUUCCUGCUGGCCCAGUAUUGUGGCAGUGACUACAAGGAGUACAUUCAGACCAUCACCAAGGCUGCCUCCCCUCUCCUCCUCCUUCCAUAGGGCCUCUCCUCUCCUCCUCCUUCCAAAGGGCCUCCCCUCUCCUCCUCCUUCCAUAGGGCCUCUCCUCUCCUCCUGCUUCCAUAGGGCCUCCCCUCUCCUCCUGCUUCCAAAGGACCUCUCCUCUCCUCCUCCUUCCAUAGGGCCUCUCCUCUCCUCCUGCUUCCAUAGAGCCUCCCCUCUCCUCUCCUCCUCCUUCCAUAGGGCCUCCCCUCUCCUCCUUCGUUAGACCCCGCUUAAGUGCCUCUCUUUCCUCUUCUCCUCCUACUCCCAUAGGCUCCGCUCACUGUCUCCCCACUCCUCCUGCGUCUCCCCUCUCCUCUCCUUCUGCUCCCAAAGGCCUCCUUACUACCUCCCCUCUCCUCCUGCUCCAAGGGUCUCCCCUCUCCUCCUCCCCGCUCACUGACUCCCCUUUCCUCCUGCAUCCCACCUCUCUUCUCCCAUAGGCCUCCUCACCCCGUCCUCACCUCCUGCUCCACUAGGCCUCCUCUCCCCUCUGAUCCCAAUCCCAUUGACUUCCUCUCCUCCUGUCCCCCUCUCCUCUCCUAAUCCUGCUCCCACUACCCUCACCUCCUGCUCCCAUAGACCCCGCUCUCUGCCAACGCUGCAGCACAAGUCCAAGUAUUUUGUUGCCCGGUGGAUUUCUGACGUUAUAAUUAAAUGUGUUUUAGACUUCUUAAUCAGAUUAUUGUAGAGCUCCAGAUUAUUGACCCGGUCGGCUCCUCUGGCCCGCCCAUAAAACUGCAUUGUUUUCCCCUCCGAAUGCGAUACACGUGGUCGUGAUGUGCCAAUCACAGCCUGUCAUUAGGCAUAUUAAUUAGCAAACGUGGGGGAAAACAAGAAAUGUUAUGGGCCCAGAGUUGCAGACUGCAUCAAUGGUGCUGUCUUUUUACUAAAUGACUUUCAGAAUUAUUUUCAUUCUCUUAUUCUCAUAUUAU